CGGGCCGGCCACUCGUUUCUUCUCUGCAGCAGAAACUUACCUGUUCCUCGGUCCAGCGCUGUACAGUCUUCCGGCACCAGCAUCUUUAGUUAUCUUCUAGGACACAUGACAGGUCCCAGAAGUCUCCGGACCAAUCACAAAGCGCAGCGCUUCUCGAGCAUGCACAGUGGGCACCCUGGUGCUCACAGUAAAGGCUCCACGAAAGUGGGAGUGGGUACUUGUCAUAUUCAGGUACCUGCUCCCCCUCCCCAAAGGUCCGCAGUCUCUUGGUCAUCCCCUGUACUGCCUGCAGUCUCUGGUCAUCUCCUGUACUGUUUGCAGUCUCUGGUCAUCUCUUGUACUGUGCCGCAGUCUCUGGUCAUCUCCAGUACUGUGUUUGCAGCCUCUGGUCAUCCCCUGUACUGUGUCCGCAGUCUCUGGUCAUCUCCUGUACUGUGUCCGCAGUCUCUGGUCAUCUCCUGUACCAGUCUGCAGUCUCUGGUCAUCUCCUGUACUAUGUCUGCAGUCCAUUGGUUA